GCGGGCGAGCCGAGAGGGGAGGGGUCGCGAGGGGAGCGGGAGGGAGCCGAGUGAGAGCGAGCGAUUUCCUUCCGGCACGUCGCCCGCUCCGGGUGAGGGGGCGGGGGGAUUCACUUCCGGGCCGGUGUUCCGGCCCGUUCCGGCCCGUUUCCACCCCCGGAGCUCUCGCCCCUGCCCCGCGGACGGGAGACGCUGGACUCCAGGGGCCUCCUCCACCUGGGCGGCCGCCGCCAAGAGCCAAACUAAAGUGCUGGUGUAGGCUCCGGGAUAAACACGGCUGCGUGCAGGAUGGCAUCCGCCGAGGCUCUGGUUGGAGUCAAAGUUUCAAAACAAACGAGAACGCUUUGGAAAAAGAAACUUUCUGAUGAACACUUUAACCACAGCCAAAGCUGCCCUGAGCGCGCCGCCCGCCUCGUUCUGCUCAGCUUGUAUUCUAUUACAGUCGUUACUAUGAAGAGGGGUUGAAUGCCUGCCCGCGGCCUUCCGGCGGGACCAUGGAGAAAGGAGGCAACAUCCAGCUGGAGAUCCCCGACUUCAGCAACUCGGUGCUUAGCCACCUGAACCAGCUGCGCAUGCAGGGCCGCCUCUGUGACAUCGUGGUGAACGUGCAGGGCCAGGCUUUCCGGGCUCACAAAGUAGUCCUGGCCGCCAGCUCCCCGUACUUCCGGGACCACAUGUCCUUGAACGAGAUGAGCACCGUCUCCAUUUCGGUCAUCAAGAACCCCACCGUGUUUGAGCAGCUGCUGUCCUUCUGUUACACAGGCCGGAUCUGCCUGCAGCUGGCUGACAUCAUCAGCUACCUGACGGCCGCCAGCUUCCUGCAGAUGCAGCAUGUCAUUGACAAGUGCACGCAGAUCCUCGAGGGCAUCCACUUCAAGAUCAGCGUGGCCGACGUGGAGCCAGAGUGCACUCAGGUGAGGACCAAGCACCCAGAGAGACCGCCGGAGUCUCCCAGGGUCACCCCCAAUCUCAGCCGCCCCCUGAGUCCCCGGCAUGGCACAUCGAAGGGAACCCGGCGGGGUCCAGUGAGCGCGGUGCUGGACAUCAGAGAGCUGAGUCCUCCCGAGGAGUCCACUAGUCCCCACAUCAUCGAGCAGAGUUCUGACGUCGAGAGCCGCGAGCCCAUUCUUCGGAUCAACCGGGCAGGCCAGUGGUACGUGGAGACGGGGCUCGCAGACCGUGGGGGCCGGAGCGAUGACGAAGUCCGGGUACUGGGAGCCGUGCACAUCAAAACGGAAAACCUGGAGGAGUGGCUAGGGCCCGAGAGCCAGCCUUCCGGGGAGGAAGGAAGCAGUGCCGAGGACGUCACGGCCAUGGUCAUCGACACCACCGGGCACGGCGCUCUAGGCCAGGAGAGUUACUCCCUGAGCUCAGCAGGACCCAAAGUCGCCCGCCCGACCAGCAGUGAGGUUGACAGGUUUAGCCCGUCUGGCAGCGUGGCCCCCCUGACGGAGAGACACCGAGCCCGCAGUGAGUCCCCUGGCAGGAUGGACGAGCCUAAGCAGCCCAGCUCCCAGGUAGAAGAGUCAGCAGUGAUGGGGGUAAGUGGUUAUGUGGAGUAUCUCCGAGAACAGGAAGUGUCCGAGCGAUGGUUCCGGUAUAACCCCCGACUCACUUGCAUCUACUGUGCCAAAUCUUUCAACCAGAAGGGGAGCCUGGACCGCCACAUGCGCCUCCACAUGGGCAUCACCCCGUUCGUCUGCCGCAUGUGUGGCAAGAAGUACACGCGCAAAGACCAGCUGGAGUACCACAUCCGCAAACACACGGGCAACAAGCCCUUCCACUGUCACGUGUGCGGCAAAAGCUUUCCCUUCCAGGCCAUCUUGAAUCAGCACUUUCGCAAAAACCACCCUGGCUGUAUCCCCUUGGAGGGGCCUCACAGCAUCUCCCCUGAAACAACUGUCACAUCUCGAGGGCAAGCCGAGGAAGAGUCGCCUUCACAGGAAGAGACGGUGGCUUCUGGGGAAACUGCCCAGGGCUCUGUGUCCACCACUGGGCCUGACUGAACGAGCGAGGGGGGAGGGCAGGCCCUCCCCCCGUGGGCCGUAAGCAGCCCGCAUCAGGGCCUGGGCUGGUACUUGGAUCACAAAAUGCCACAGCACUCGACCUGAAGAUGCUCCGGAGAUGUUGCCAGACUAGGUGGCCAGCCACGUGCAUGGAACACGAAAGGCUCUUCCCCUCCUCCUCCCACCUCACACUUCGGAAAAUAAUCAAGCAAGUUUAACUUCUAAUUCAGGGAUCAACAGCCUUGGUUUGUUAACUUUAUAAGACAGGAGUUUUUUUUAAUGAAACAGUGAUAAAUAGUCAUUUACUUCCCAGUCACGUUUGAAUACUGUACUUGGUCCAUAUCAUCCUGGUGGCUGCAGUGGCCCAGACCUGAAAAUGCAGCAGGAGCCUUGGCUGGCAGAAGCAGCCAACCACAGAGAGGAG